GAAAGAACGUAUAUGAGAGUAAAUAAAUUCAAAUGGGAAAUGAAAUUUAUAAAUCAUAACACAUAUCUUCAAGCAAAAAAAAAAAAAGUCGGGACGUUGACUCGGCCCAUUUCUAACAAUCAAAACUCCAAUUAUCAUUUCUAGUAGAGAACACACAUAUUGAAAUGUAAAUAAAGAUCAGCAAAACAAACACCGUGAAUCCCCUUACUUUAUAGAGCUAAGUGGACACACCGACAUACACAAUCACAUCCGAAAACAAACAAAAUAAAUACAAAUUUAGAAGAGAAUAAAUUGAAUCAUCACACAAAAUACAAUAAUAAGAUCAUGCGUUUAAACAAAACAAAAAGGUAACAAUAAUAAUAAACAAGAGUAACCACACCAAAACAAACAUAUAGUAUACAAAAUGAACAAUUUGCUGUAGAGCAACCCAAAAGAGAACGCCAACUAAGAACAACUCAAAAACACAAAAAUAAAAAUAAAACAACAACAAAAACAUUUUAAUGCAUAAGUGAAAAUUUAGUAAAAUAAAUAUACAAAAUAGUUGAGAUAAUUGUUGUAUUGCCAUCACCCGAAAUAUAAUGAAAAUAAAAACUAAAAUAAAACGAAACAAAAAUCAAAUGUGUAAAACCCCAGAAUAAAAAUGUUUGUGAAAUGUUUAUAAAUGAAAAUAAUAAAAAAAAAAACAUAAAGAAAAGAAAAAUGAGAAAAUACACAACAUGGCAUGUUUAAAUAAAAACCCAAAAAUUUAAAAUGUAAUUUGUAAUCAAAUGAGUUUUUUUUUCAACCUUAAACUCGGCAGGGGAUCUAUCUAUCUCUCUCUUUCUCUCUGCUCUAGAAAUCCAUUUAUAGUUAGUCAACAGUAGUGUGAGCAGUAGUAUAUGAGUGUUCAUAUCAAUUUGAUAAACUUGUUUACCAAGAUUCUCUUCAUACUACAGUAAACAGCUUAAACUGCUGUGUCAUGCAUGAUAACAACUAUAAAUGGGGGAAGGGAGAUUUGCUAUACCGCAAACACUUUAACCUAACAAAUUGCCGGCUAAUUUUUGGUGUGCCGCUUGAUCGUUCCGAUAAUCGGGGGCUCGAUCGCGUGUCUCAUGCAGCGCUUUUAUACCUAUUUCGCUUCCAUUGUCAUUUAUGAGUUGCAGUUACGUCAAGAACAACGGGAAGUCAUUUCGCUGACCCUUAAAUAGAGCUCGACCGUCAACGAGAUGCAACAGUUGCAGCACAAUGCUAGAUCUAAAUGGAAAUCCCACCACAAGUUACGAUGCCAGGCUUAAGAUCUGGUCCGGUGCCAAGGAGCAAAGCUAUUACAACGAUGAUCUGACUAUUGGUCAGAUUAUAUUCAGGCAGCUGCAACGUGAACCUCAGCGUAUCUUUCAGAUUUCUCACAGUGAAAAUACGCGUUUGACCCGCUCCCAGAUGCUCGUGAAUGCGGCCAAGGUAAGCGUGUAUCUGCGACAACAAGGAUUCAGCAAGGAGACACAUAUUGUGGGUAUCCUGGCAAGGAAUACAACCCAUCUGGCUGCUCUAGGAUACGGUUGCAUGUUCAACGGCACCACUUUCCAUGCCGUCAAUCCCAAUUUGGACGAGCGGACCAUCUGCAUGCUUUUUGAUAUAACUAAGCCGCUGCUCCUUUGCUGCGAUGCCCAGGACUAUGAUAAGAUGAGAAAUGUGGCCAAGGCACUGGGCGCAAAGCUGUUGACAAUUGAUGGCAGUAUUGCAGGGGUAAAAAGCAUCUUGGAGGUGUUCAAAACAACAUUGCCAGAGGACUACAAACCGGAGAGCUUCGAGCGAGGCAUAGAUCGCACUUUGGCCAUACUCUGCUCGUCGGGCACAACGGGAACGCCAAAAGCUGUUACUCUUUCAAAUAGUCGCAAGAUAUUUGAAGCUCACAGCUAUCUCAGCUUGAAUGACGUGCAGUAUGCACCAAGUACGUUGGAUUGGUUGACAGGUCUCAUCAGUCUCAUCACGGCGGGUAUCUACGGCACUUUGCGACUGAUUUCAAAGGAGCCAUUCAAUCCGGCGCAUUUCCUGACUAUGUGUGAACAGCAUAGCAUUAGCUGGGCUAUAGUGGCUGCCUCACAUAUCGCCAUGCUGGCAAAUAAUCCCGAUGUGAAUGCCAAGCAAUUGCGCAGUCUACGACAUCUACUCUUCGCUGGCGGUCACACGCUAGUGGCGACUCUCGAGAAGAUGCGCUCGUAUCUGCGAGGCGAUGGUAUUCUCCGCAAUGCCUAUGGCAUGACGGAGCUGGGCACCUGUGUGUCCUGCAAUUACAGCACCCACACAAAGCCAUCGUCUGUGGGUCGCCUUAUGCCAAACGUUCGCAUGCGCGUUGUGAACGAGACGGGAGAAUCCUUGGGUCCCAAUGCGGUGGGCGAAAUCUACUGCGAGCAUGGACAACACUGGAGUGGUUACUUUGGGAAUGCAGUGGCAACUAGCGAGAUGAGGGACGCUGAGGGUUGGUUCCACACUGGUGAUUUGGGCUACUUCGAUGAGGAUAACUAUCUGCAUAUUGUAGAGCGCAAAAAGGAUAUGCUCAAGUUUGUGGGCAUGAUGUAUUAUCCACAUGAGAUCGAGGAAGUGAUUGCCCAGAUGCCACAAGUGGCGGAAGUUUGUGUUUUUGGCAUUUGGAAUGAGAUUGAAGGCGAUGCUGCUGCUGCUUCAGUGGUAGCUAAAGCAGGAUGUCAAGUGAAUGCGCGCAACGUGCAGGACUUUGUGGCCCAAAAGAUCAGUGUCAACUAUAAGCACCUGCAUGGCGGCGUCCAGAUCGUGCCUGUUUUGGCCAAAAGUGCCAACGGCAAAGUUAAUCGACAUGCCGUAAAGGCUGCCUAUCUAAAGUCAGUUGAACACAACUGAUUCAGAGGGCUUCCCUAGAAUUUUGAUUGAUUAAAAUAUUUAACUGUUUAUUAGUAGUAGAUAGAUAACCUGUUGUUAAUGUGUUUAGCUAGUGUUUAGUAAUCUAUUCGAAUAUAUUACUUCAUAUCACUUAAGCUCUUACUUUAUUGCAACUUAAAGUCCGUUGAACUAUCUCUAUCUCUAAAGCUAGAUAUGAUAAUAGCAUUACAACUUUUAAUGACCAGAAUUUCAACUCAGCAAUUAUUCUGCAAGAUAAGAUGGAAAUUUUGCACAGUUUGUAAUGAUCAUAAAACAAGGCAAAUUACUCUACAUGAUAAGCAUGGAACCUUUGCACAGUUUGUAACGAUUAUAAGUCAAGGCAAGAUAUAAUAAAAAUGACUUAGGCAUUUAACCAUCUGCUGCAUCAUGAGACGAGAUAUAUGAAAUCAUGUGAUCUUCAAAGCCUACGGGAAAUUUCAUUAUGCCACCUACAUAUUACAGAAUAUAAUGGU